AAGAAGACACCUCCGGGUCGGCAGGCGGCAGCACGGACAGACUUUCUACACGUGUGUGGGCUCCAGAUUCCAAAGAUGGCCGCCUGCAUAUGUAAACAUGCGACUUAAUGUUCAGGCUGUCGCGUUAGUUAGUGAAGUUAAACUGCUCGAUAGCUCGUAAUCAUCCGACGGACUCGUGUGAUACCGAAUCGUUUCGUAUCAGCUUGAAACUCUGGACUGUUCACACAUCGAGUCUGUGAGGUAUCACCCAGCUGAAGUCAGCACGCUGACCUGAGGUCAGCUCGGCAGCAGACAGCCAUGCCGGCGCAGACCAUCUUCGUCGGCUCUCUACCAGCUACUGCCACAAAUGAACGACUGGAGGAAAUAUUCUCUGAGAUCGGUCCCGUAAAGCAAUGCUUCGUGGUCAGAGAGAAAGGUGCGGAAAAAUGUCGGGGGUUUGGUUAUGUCACAUAUUCCAUGGAGGAAGAUGCACAGCGAGCCAUGAAAGAAAUAAAAGACUACGAUGGAAAGAAGAUUUCUCUAUCAGUGGCCAAGAAGAAAAUAAGAGAUAACAAGAAAACAGGACCUAAAGAUCCACCUAAAGAUCCACCUAAAGAGGAGCCGGCUACAGCAAAGCCGACAGCACCAAAGGAGAAUGAACAGAAAGCCAAAAGCUUCAGGAAAAGCAGUCUAAAAGCUCGGCUCAUCAUACGAAACCUCAGUUUUAAGUGCUCAGAAGAUGAUCUGAAGGAAGUCUGUGCAAAGUUUGGGACAGUUCUUGAGGCCAAGAUUCCCCUCAAACCCGAUGGCAAGAUGCGAGGAUUUGCCUUUGUCAUGUUUAAAAAUCUAUCUGAGGCGGCGAGAGCGCUUAAUGCUCUGAACCUGAAGGAGAUAAAAGGUCGGCAGGUUGCAGUUGACUGGGCUGUGGCUAAGAACCAGUAUGUUGCAACACAACAGGCUUCAAGUGCAGGAAAUAAGAGUACCGUGGAGGCAACUGCUAAACAGUCGGACGCAGAGAGUGACACUGAAGAGGAGGAUGAAGAAAAGACGCAAUCAGCACCUCAGAAGAAAAAAGUUUCUAAACCAGCUGUGCAGCAGGUGGAGGAAUCUCAAUCAGAUGAAGAUGAAGAUGAUAGUGAGGAACAAGACAGUGAUGGGGAGGAGGAUGAUGAUGAUGAUGAUGAGUCCCAAGAGGGAGAGGGAGAUGAUGAUGAUGAUGAUGAGGAUGAGGAUGAGGAUGAGGAUGAUGAGAGUGGCGUUGAUUCCGAUGAUGAUGAAGAUGACAGUGAAGAAGAUGAAGAGGAUGAAUCAGCCCAAAAGAAAGCCUCAAAGAAACUUCUUCCUUCAGACGUGAAGGAGGGCAGAACAGUUUUCAUCAGGAACCUCUCCUUUGACACGGAGGAAGAGGGUCUUGAGGAAGUUCUCCUACAGUACGGCGAGCUUAACUACAUCAAGGUCGUCAUUCACCCAGACACAGCACAUUCAAAAGGUUGUGCAUUUGCUCAGUUUAAGACUAAAGAAGCCGCAGACAGAUGCAUGGCUGCAGCGCAGGACGAGGCAGAGAAUGGUGGCAUCCGUGUUGAUGGCAGAAAGCUGUUGAUUGUGGCAGCAGUGACCAGAGAAGACGCUGUCAAGCUGAAAACGAACAAGGUGAAAGUAGAAACAGGCACCAGGAACCUGUAUCUGGCCAGAGAGGGAUUGAUCCGUGCUGGAACCAAGGCUGCAGAGGGUGUGCCUGAAGCAGACAUGGUCAAAAGAGAGAGAUUUGAAGAAAUAAAGAGGACCAAGCUUCGGGAUAUAAAUAUCUACGUGUCAAGGACCCGUCUGUGUGUCCAUAACCUGCCCAAGGCAGUGGACAAUAAGAAACUCAAAGCACUCUGCCUCCAAGCAGUAAAAGGGACCAAGGGAGUCCGCGUCACAGAGUGUCGGGUGAUGUAUGACAGGAAGCCAGAGAAGGGUCAGGUGAUGGGACAAUCAUUGGGUUACGGUUUUGUCCAGUUCGUGGAGCACGAACACGCUCUCAGUGCACUCCGUUACCUUAACAACAACCCCAACAUCUUUGGCUCACAUAAGAGACCUAUAGUCGAGUUCUCCCUGGAGGAUUCAAAGAAACUCAAAAUAAAACAAAUGCGACAAGAGAAAAACAAGGAGUUUAUCAAAAACCAGUCUUUGAAAGGAAGAGCGAAACCUCAGUCCCAGACGGCCCAGUGUGGAAAAGGACCUCAUCAGUCGUCGUCAUCAGAGCAGCCAGGAAAGGAGAAAGCUCAUCCUCAACACAAGAAGCAAGACGGACGAUACGCCGGCUUCCAGACGAAACCUGAGGUCGAGCAUGUAGAUUUGGAGAAUGGAAAGAAACGGAGAAGGGUUCUACCUUUGCCUUCCCAUCGUGGACCUAAGAUCAGAAUGCGUGACAAAGGAAAGCAACAGGCGCCACCACCCAAACGAGCAAAGCCUGGGCUCAACAAGAAAGACCGUAAAAGACAACAGAUGGAGAAGCCCACACAGCCCAGAAAUCAGGUCAAAACAGCAAAGCGGUUCAGGCGGUCGGAUGGGGACCGUUUUGACAGCCUGGUGGAGCAGUACAAGAAGAAACUGAUGGGUAACAGUGACAAGAACACCAACAUGAAAAGAAACAAGUGGUUUGAUAGUUAAUGCCGUUUGUAUGAUUGUGUUUGCAUGUGAGCGUAUGUGUGAGAGAGAAAAUGUCGUCAUCCUGAGGAUCUAGAAAGUACAGUAGGUCUCAUAAAUGUAUCUGUAUAGUAUAUGAGGCCCACUUAACUUUAUUCAUCCCGUUCCUGGAUUUCCAUUCUCAUGUUUGUUUUUUACUUCGGAAAAAAAAGGAUAGUUUUGUCUUCAUGUAAAUGACUUUUUAUGAAACUAUAUUAAAACCCUUGUGUUUUAAUGUUGAUCUUUACAUUAUUAAAUCCAUAUUUGUUGGAUCACA